CACCAUGGUUACAGAGGCAGCGUUCAGUUGGUUGCAGCGUGGGGGCGUGGUGUAUCAUGGGAAAAGAAGUUGUUAGCAAACCAGUUCCAGCGUUGGUUAAAGAGAAGAGCACAACAGCUCGACCUUUCUUCAAAUAAACGCACAAAGACAUCGGCUAGUAAUGUCUGGAGGGAGGAUGCCGGACUGUCCUGCCUCUGCGUCCAAGGGCUUCAGCUCGACCCCUGUCAAAGCGAGCCAAGGGAAAGACCUGCACACAUCCAAGGGCUUGGACGACGGCGUCCUAUCUGACGACGAAGAUACAUUCUCUCUGCUUUCUCCCAUCUAUCAUGAUAGUUUUGACAGUGAUGAAGACCUGGAGCUCAGUCCAGCUCAGCAGACUUCACCCAGGCAGAGCGACACCUCCAGACUCAGCGUUUCACCAGACAGAUGUGAGCUACCAAGAACACCUUCAGUGCAGAUGUUUAAUGCAGCUGUGGAGCCUGCAGGCUCACCUACUCUCAGUGCAUGGGAACUGUGGCUGGUGAACAAAGCCAAAGAAGACCGUUUCAAAUUGGAAAAACAAGCAGAGGAGGAGCGGUUACGGAAGGAAAAAAAAGAACAACAAGAAAGGAAGCUGGAACAGAAAAAGAUCGCCAUCGAAGAAAAGAUCCAAGAAUGGCUAAAAGUGAAAAGAGAACAGGAGAAGCAAGAGCAACUUCUGAAACUGAGUAAAGAGGAGGAGGAGAUGCAGAGGCUGCGGGAGAAACGGAGGGUGACUGAACAGAGAGCUCAACAAAAGUACAAAGACUGGCUACAGAAGAAGAACCAAGAAAAAAUAGAAAUGGAAAAGAAGGAGAAAGAGGAAGCUGCCCUGAAGAAGGAGCAGGAGAAAGAGCGCCACAAGAGGGCACAGGAGAAGUUUAAGGACUGGCUGGCAAAUGCCAAUGAAAAAAGCAGAGCGAGUCCCAAAUCACCUUGCUACCCAACAAGUCCCUACGACAAUUCCUACCCAUCACCCAGCUUCUGCAAUCCAGUCCCAUGGAAGCCGAUUCACGUCCCUCCUCCAGAAACGCCACUGAAUAAGACAGCUGGCAAGAAAUCUCAGAAACAAAGGAAAUGCCAACAAAGCCCCAGCACCGCGUUUAGACUGAGAAACUCACAGUUGCUGCAGAGGAGAUGACACAGCAGACCGACGUCUGUGACUGACACGGUAGCUUAGUAACGGCUCUAAUAUGAUUUCAUCACCACUCAUCCACUCCACCACAGAUCCUGAACUGAGACUCUACUGAAUCACAUAAGUAUUUCUGUUCACUAUUAUGGAUGUGGUAAUUAAGCUACCAUAUCUUUAUUUUGGUUUGUUAUACUAUUGUACACUGGAGCGAUUUUUGUAAUAAUGCACAAGCACAAAUUAGUUUGUACGUAAGGAUGUCUGAUGUUUGGGAAUUGUACAUGAUUUUACAAAGAUGUUUAUAAUUUAUCCUGAUGCUUAUGUCAGCUUUCAUACCAUAAUAAUGUCUAGCAUAAAUGUUGUCAAAGCUAGACAUUUAAAAAAACUGGGCCCAAUCCCAAUAUCCUCACUCAGACUCACAGAGUUUGAGGAGCGUUCCCCCAAAGUCCGUGAGGGUUAAGGGCUGUCCCACUGUCAAAUCGUCAGUUGCAUGAGGGCUCUCACGCAGACAUUUUGAGCCCUUUAUGAACACUUUCCGUAAGUCUGCAUUUCUGCAGACUUUGUCUGAGAGAAUUACCCACAAUUCUUAGCUUUGUGACAUUUAAACACAGGGUUACCAGGGGAAGCCCGGAGGCGUUAAAAAAGGGUGAAAAAGAGGACGGCACACAGGUGUUCAACAUGGCACAAUAAAUUAGCCUACACAAAAAUAGUAACAUUUAGGAUUUAAGUUGGUACAUAAAAAACACAUGAAAUCAGAGGAAUGAAAGCAGUAGACUAUCAUCAUAUCAUCAUUACACACCUGGUUUAUUGAUCAACCAUUUUUAAAAUUUUGACUUUGGCAAAAACAAGUAAAUUGAAUAUUUGACAAUUAGGCUACCUCUCGUCUCGUAAGGCAAGAGCCUGGAAGACGUUCAAAUUUGGCUUUAAAAAACGUAAAAUAAAAACCCAUCAUUGCCAUCGUCAAGGUAACAUAUGUCACAAACUGCUGUCCCAUUCAUAUUUCUACCAUUUCAAGCUCUCACACUCAACCAUUCACCAGGUGACAUCAGUCAAGUCCCUGAAGGUUCAGGGUUUAAGGCCUUAGGGGGGACAUUGGGAUUGGACCCUGGAGAUUAUUUAUGUUUUAUCCUGUAAAUUUAAUCAAUUUUCUAUUUGGAUAAAAGGGACAUUAUCAAAG